UCCGCUCCUGCAAUACACAUCGCUCACCUCGCACACAAAUUGUCCGAACAAGUUUCAAUCAAAAAAAAAAACACAUCGAUUGUUCUGCGGCGUGCAUCACGAUGGGUGUAAGACUGCUCGGCCGCUAUACAGUUGUCCCUCGGGACCUGUUUCGGAUAAGCGCUGGAUCAUUGACCAGACUGCGUGACAAAUCGUUGCGGCCUGGAGCUCCUUCUUGGGAUGUUAUGACCAUCGAUGGAAAGGUUCAACCACUGGGAAUGACCAGUGACUGGUAUCAAAGGCCCAAUGGUGCAUCUUUGCGACCGAAUACGAAAACUCAGCAAUCCCUGGUACGCAGCUUUCGGGCUCCUGUAGUAUUGGUAUACCAUAUUCUUCAAGGCACAACUCUCCCUGAGGAUCUCAUUCUCAUACAUGAGCGAGGCGAACAUUAUUCUUUACAAGCCCGUCGUGACAUGACCUUGGACGAACUUAACUCGGAAGUUACUUCCUUUUUGAAUGACGAGGCCAUCCGCAUGACUAAAAAAGAAUGGCAUGCCAAAUUUCCUACCAGGACGGACUAGUAGGAGGAGAGAGACGACAUGGUAGCGGAAGUGUAGCAUCGUUCAUCUCUCAUCUCCUGUAUCCUCUCCAUAGACGCAUCUGCCACUAUUCAGUGGCUUCGGGGUAUUGCUUUUGCCAAUCCUCCUUUGUCAAGGCACUCGCCUGACUAGUAUAGAAUGCAUAUACUCGGACUUUAGUGCCUUUGAAUUCUUGUACCAGCUUCUGCUGGACGGAGGUAUUGGCUCGCAUCGAAGCCCCGUUUGGUCCUGUCGUAACGUUUACUCUAGCCCGGAGGUCUUGACAUUCACGACUUACUCUGGUAGGUUUCACUGGUCAUUGCAAUUGGCUGCACUACUCCAUGCUUUAUUUUCACAUCAUAGGCCCCAGACUCUCGCCUGGGAUCGAAAUCGCGGAGCUUUAUCGUUGGCCGAUUGCUCAGCCGGAAGAGGAGUUUAGGGAAAGUAGUGUACCGUGCGAUCAACUUGGACAUGGUGCUGAUUCGGACUCAAAUAGACUCUACACGAUUGGAAAAUAGUUGAACGUGCAACUUGUUUCGCCUGGUGACCUUCCUCGACAUCUACCAACAUCUCUAGUCUCACCGGGGCAGUCGCCGUCCUGUGAUCGGCCCUUCCUUUGAUAGUGGAAAUGCAUUGGCAAGGCAGGUCUAGCCUCUCAUAUGAUCAGUCACUGGCUCUUCCCACCAGAAAACGGCCGAUAUUGUCGACUGCUUCAGUUAACACUCUAGUAGAGACCCUGGUAAGAGCCCUAUGACCCAAUACUCUGCCUACCACAGAAGCGACGCGUGCACCUGCAUGUAGAUCUGUGUCACCUUAGAGCUCAGUCCAAAUAUGGGGCUCUUCAUCAGGAGUGGCAUCGGCGAAAGCAUUCUUCUGAUACCAGUCCCCAGCAUCAAUAAUUGUUGCAUAGGCACUGUAGAAUUCGUCAAGGUAUUCGUUCAGCUCUGGACUGGGUUGUCAGCGCCCAAAUGCAUCGUAAUUGCGAGAGGAUAUGGGGAAGAUUCUGACCGGCCAAUCUCCGAGGAGGGACGGGUUGUAACGCGAAUUGCGAGUCUUGUUGAAGGAGUUGAAGUGACUCUGGAACCAUGGUACCUAAGUGUUGUGAGCGAUCCAAACCCGUAUCUUGCUGAUUUUACUCUUCUUGCUUUACCUUUGGCCAAUCGAACAAAAA